AUGCCUUUUUCAGAGGUAGACCUAGAAAAAUUUCGAAUCCCACUAGUGGAGAUCACUCGGGCCACAAAAAACUUCAGUUCAGAAACUCUAAUCGGAGAUGGUGGAUUUGGUCUGGUCUACAGAGGACAACUCUCUAACCGCUGGAGAAACCAGCUAGUAGCCAUCAAACGCCUUGAUCCUCAAGGUUAUCAAGGAACCAACGAGUUCCAUAAUGAAGUCAAGUUGGUUUCAAGUUUCAACCAUCCAAACAUCAUCCCUUUCGUUGGCUACUGUGAUGAUGCAAAUGAGAAAAUUAUAGUUUGCAAGUAUGCUACAAACAGAAGCCUUGAGUAUCACCUCCAAGACCCAGAUAGGAGGCGUCGCCUAACAUGGGAACAGCGCCUGAAGAUAUGCUUAGGGGCAGCAACAGGAGUAAAGUACCUUCACUCUGGUCUUGGGGAGCAUAGCAGAGUAAUUCAUAGAGAUUUGAAGAGUGCAAAUAUUUUGUUAGAUGAAAAUAUGGAAGCCAAAAUAUGUGAUUUUGGUUUGUCAAGAUUAAGUCCAAGAAAUCAGCAAGAUACCCUCGUCCGUACAAGGCCUUCUGGUACUAGGUUUUACAUGGAUCCGGUUUACAACGAAAGAGGUAGGCUCUCUAAAGAGUCUGACAUAUACUCAUUUGGAGUCGUAAUGUUUGAAGUGUCGAGUGGGAUGAUGGCUUAUAAGGAAAGGCCCUUAGAAGAUACCAAUGAACUGUUUCUGAUCGACAUAGUCCGAAGCUAUUAUGACGAUCAUGGACUUGUUGACGGACUUGACAAGUUAAAAGAUCCGACUAUCAAAGAUCGGACUGAUAUGAGGUCUUUUCAUAAAUUUAACGAAAUUGCACAUGAGUGCAUUAACAUGGACAUAAAGAAACGCCCCACGAUGGAUAGGAUCAUCAAGGCGAUUGAGGAAGCGUUGAAUUUCCAAAUGUCUGGCAUCUCCGAAGGAAUCAACUCAGUGGAAUAUUACGAUGACUUUUGGGAGCCACUUCUGCCACAGGGUUACCAAGAAAUCGUUGCGAGGGCGGUUCCACCGCUGGAUUUUGACUCUAAAAAGCAACUCUACUUUUGCUUAUCGGACUCACCUAUUUUCCUCGAUGAUGGCUACCUGAGCUUCCAGCUAGAUAUGGAGAGUGGGAAAAAGUGUUAUAUGUUGGGCGCAAAGCAGCUAUCAAUUGAAUGGCAAGAUAACCCAAACUACUGGGAAUGGGGACAUACACUUAAAUCAAGGUUUCCACAGGUUUGUAUACUUAAAGAUGUAUGUUGGCUUGCUAUCCAUGGCAAAAUAGCAUCUAUGAUGUUGUCAGGAUACACUACAUAUGUAGCAUACCUUGUCUUUCGAACUACUAGCAAUUCACGAGGACUUUCUGUGCCCGCUAAAACAACGGUGAAUUUUCAUGGGGUAAAAAUCGAGACCGAAAAUGUGUAUCUUCAAAGACCAGAGGCUAGGGAAAUAUGGCAAGAAAAUGAUAGGUUUCCUCAUAGGAGAAAGGAUGGGUGGAUGGAGAUCAAAUUGGGAGAAUUUAUUAAUUACAAUGACGAAGAUGCUGGUGAGAUUGAGAUGGCUUUUGACGAGGUUAAGCAUUUAAACUGGAAGCGUGGUCUUAUCGUGGAGGGCAUUGAGCUUCGACCUAAAUCUACAUCUACUGAUCAAUAUUCACCAUUUGUAAAUCACACAUACACACACAAACAGAGGGAGAACGAGAUGAUCAACGAAGGAGCCAGUCGAUCGGAAUUGCCAAAAUCUCGUCAGCCAUUGGAAUUGCAAGAACGUCAUCAGCCAGGCAUACUUUCACUAAGUUUUCUACAGAAAAUAUUAUGGAAGUGUACGAAAACAAACAAAAUAAGAAAUUGAUAAGACUUGUGUUUAACACAAUGUCCUUAAAACAAAUUUGUCCGCUAUCAGAUGCUUGUUUCUCACGAUACAACAGUUGGAAGGAGUUUUCUAGACCAGCCAAUCUAGCAAAGCCCACAUUAUACCUCCAACGAAUUAAGAAAACAAAAAAAAGAAGUAGAAGAUGUAUGGUUUCUGUAACAUUUGUCUCUCAAUCUCACAUAGAGUGCAAUAUGUAUACUAAGACAAAUCUAUAACCGACAUGUUGUCAUAAACUAUGUAACAGAAAAAACUGAUGACUGUCGUUAACCAUUAAAUCAUAACCGACAAUAUGUGAUGAAUCUUAUGUUUUAUUCAAGUUUGGUA